AUGGUGUGGCACCACCAAAUCCUCCACAUCACCUGGGCAUCGGGGCCGGCACCGAGGGAGCCGGAGGCUCCGGAAGAAGCGCGGGUGUGGGAGGAGGCGCCACGACGGAGCAACGGCCGCGAUCGGCGAUCGGCGGCGGCGGAGCCAGCGGUGGCCACAGAGCCAGCAACGGCAGCCGAGCCAGCGACGGCAGCAGAGCACGCGACAGCAAACACAGCGGCGGAGCCCGAAGCGACAGAGGAGCCAGCGGCGGCGAACACGGCAGCGAAGCCGGCGAAGGCAGCGGAGCCAGCGACGGCAGCAGAACACGCGGCAGCAAAAGCGGCGGCAGAGCCGGCAGCGGCGAACACGGCGGCGGAGCCAGCGACGGCAGCAGAACACGAAACGGCCACCAACAAGGGCCGAGGAGCGAGAGGCCAAGGAAAAGCGGGUCGCGGAGUCUGGGAGGACGCGCAGGCGCUGGCCAGAAAAUUUAAGGCUGCGCAGAAGGCGGAGCAGGCGGCCGAGGAGGCCAAGGAAAGGGCCCGGCAGGAGGCUGAGGAGCAGCACCGGACGUGGGUGCUGAAGCGAUUCGUGGCCGAAAUGCGGGAGAAGGAGCGGCAGAGGGCCGAGGAGAGGUGCCGAGAGGAAGAGGCGAGGCUGAUCCCCGAGGAGGAGGACGGAGGUGCGCCGAAGCCGGAGCCUGUACAAAUAUCGGCAGAGGAGGAGUGGCGAGAUCGGCUAGGCCGGACGGAAGAAGAGGAGGAGGGCCUGUGGCAGCCUUCCCCUCCGACGCCGGAGCCCGAGAACCGAGGCCAGUCCACACCGGAAGAGGAGGAGUGGCAGGAGCGUCUACGCCGGGCGGAAGAGGAGGAGGAAGGCCUGUGGCAGCCUUCGCCUACGACACCGGAGCCCGAAAACCGAGGCCAGGCCACGCCGGCCGAGGAGGAGCUGUGGCAGCGACGGCCGCGGCCCGAGGAAAAGGCUAGGUUCCCAGAAGGAGGACAGGGGCCCCAAGCCUCGUCACAGCAACAGCGCCGGGAGCGGACGCCUCGUGGCAGCAGCAGCAACACCAGUGGCAGGGACCGCAAGGCGCGGUGA